GACGCAUCGGUCGGGGUGACUGGCGACACACCCACGGCACCGCACAUGCACUACAACACCACACAAAACAUGUUGGUGACGAUUCUUCUGCUCAUCGGCUUCACAGCCGUACACACCGCCGAUCCCGUCGAUCAGGUAGCCAGCCAAGGAGCCGAAAUACUUUCGAAAUCUCGCACCGGAGAUACUGUUCGACAAUGUUCAUGUUCUGAGCAGCAAGAAUGCACAAAGGAGAUGAAAACUCAGGUCAAGGAAUGUGCAGUGCCUUGCUUCAACGAAUUCAGCUCGAUCACACCUCGGCCAAAUGAUCUGAAGCGAUGUUUCGAUGACAGAGAUGACUUAGUACAAGGAUUUCUUACAUGCUUCGAGCAGAAAAUUGAAGGGUGCGUUCCGGAUCUCAAUGGGCCACAAAUUCCAAAAAUCUCCAUACCCACUUUGUUCACCGUUGGCGAGCACCAUAUUGUAAACCAGUCAGCAGCAAUACAGUCAAUCAUCGCACCAAUCAAGCACAUUGUGGAUGCUGCAGGUGAAUUUGCCAAGUGCGUUAAAGAUUGCUUCCUUGCAAGAAACGCUAAUGGAUUUUGUUUCGACAGAAAAAACUGCCAGCCCCUGGUCCAAGUAGAUAAAGCGAAGAACUCUUUCCGUCAAUGCACUCGAAAAAUGAACUGGAAGCGUGAAAUUGGCGAAUUCUGCGAGUGUUCGGUCAGCGCUGGAGUUAGCGAUCUCAAACAAUAUUGUGCAAUGUUUCGUUUGAUGGGCAGAAGAGCCGGAAAACGACGUUCAUGAGCUCUUCCAAAAAAUCUACGAAAGUGCACAGAAUCGCUGCGUGAUCGUCUGCCCUUAUGAAGCAUAUCAGAUCGGGAUCAUCGUAAAUUGCGUGUAGUUUUUUCUUAGCCUGAUCAUCGGGUUUACGCUUCACUAGUUUUUGUCUUCAUUCCUGAUUGUCGUGAUAUUGUAGUUGUUUGCUCCACUGUUAGUCAAACAUCUCGGUCCUGUAUAGAUUACUACUUAGUUUCUAUUUAGCGGCACAUUGCCCAAAGAAUCUCUUGUUUUCAAAAUGUAUAUACUUUUACUUCUCACUUUGAAAACAAUGAUUUAUCGAUAGUUACCGUAUCAAGAUUGAUUGCAUCACAAUGUGAUUAAAGAAUAGGGACAAGGUAAGAAAGACAGUGCCUAUGAUAUUGUUAUGGAUUGUGCAGUGUCAAGAGG